AUGGAUAAAGAAGAACGAAACGACUCGCCCGGCCUCUACCCCGAAGGCGGCUGGAAAGCCAACUCGGUUGUCAUCGGCAGUUUCUGUUCCAUCAUGGGCGGACUCGGGCUCAUGAACAGCAUCGGCAUUUACCAGGCCUGGAUAUCAACCCACCAGCUGGAAUCCAUGAGUGCUGGGCAAAUCGGCUGGAUCUUCGGGAUAUACAACUUCUUGAUCUUCUUCUGCGGCAUCCAGAUCGGCCCGAUCUUCGAUGCCAAGGGACCGCGCGUGCUCAUGCUCGUGGGAUCUAUCCUCGUCAUUCUCACUCUCAUCCUCGUGGGCUUCUGUCGCGUGUACUGGCAUUUUCUCAUCGUCAUCGGCAUUCUUGGCGGCAUGGGGACUUCUUUCAUCUUCAUUGUUCCGGUAGCCAGCAUCGGACAUUUCUUCUACCGGCGGCGAGGCGCCGCCACAGGGCUGGCCCUGUCAGGCGGCAGCAUCGGGGGCGUCAUCUUCCCUCUGGUCCUGGAAUAUCUAGCUCCCAAGAUCGGAUUCGCGUGGGCUACUCGCGUCAUCGCCCUCAUCACUCUCAUCCUCCUCAUCCCCGGCUGUAUCCUCGUGCGAGCCAAUCUCCCACCAAAGCCAUCACUCUCCUCCAAGCGAGAAAUCCUCCCCGACCUCACCAUCCUCAAAGACCCGUUACUUGCGCUGACGACGCUAGGCGUGUUCUUCAUCGAAUGGGGCUUCUUCAUCCCGCUCGAGUACGUGGUCUCGUACUCGCUCGCGCACGGUAUGUCUCGCCGUCUUGCCUACCUGACCAUUGUGUUCUUCAACGCGGGCUCCUUCCCCGGCCGCUGGCUCCCGGGCAUCAUGGCCGAUAAGAUCGGCCGCUUCAACACGUUGAUCCUCACUAACGUCUUAUGUCUGAUUGCGGUCCUGGCGGUUUGGAUGCCUGCCGAUGGGAACGUCGCUGCUACUGUUAUCUUCGCCGUCGUGUUUGGCUUCGCGAGUGGGAGUAACAUUAGUUUGGUGCCCGUUUGUGUGGGAGAGCUUUGCUCUACUGAGUCUUAUGGGAGGUUUUAUACUACUGUGUAUACGAUUGUUAGUUUAGGGGCUUUGACUGGGGUUCCGAUCGCUGGUGAGAUCAUCCAUCGGUGUCAGGGGGCGUAUUGGGGAUUGAUCGCUUUUGCGGGGUGUUCGUAUGCUGCGGGACUGGUGUGUUUUAUCAUUGUGAAGUUUAUGCAGGAACGUAAGGGGAAGAAGGGCGACAGAACGUUUCCACUAGCAGAUGCAGAGUAG